AUGGAUGUGUCCAGCACCCCUGCCGCUGCCCUGGACGCCCUCGUGACCCGCAGCCUGCAGCCGCCCGCUGCCUUCGAGUGUGCAGCACGGCGCGCCCUCGGGGACCUCGGGUGGGCACUGCAAGAGCACAGGGGCCACCCCGGAGCUGCUGCACCCUGGAGUGUCCUGAAAAUCAUCAAGGGAGGUUCCUGGGGCCGGGGCACCGCCCUGAGGGGCGGCAGCGAUGCCAAAUUGAUAGUCUUCCUGGACUGCUUCAAGACCUAUGAGGACCAACAGCGUCUGCGGCCAAACAUCCUUUGUGAGAUGCGGGCGGUGCUGAAAUGCUGGGAACAGGAGCCUCUUCCUGACCUGAGCCUGCAGCUCCCCCCAUGGAACAAAGAUGGGCCCGUGUGGUUCCAACUGGCGUCUGUAGGUCCAGAAAAACACUGGAUGGACAUUAGCCUGGUGCCCGCCUUUGAUGCUCUGGGACAGUUCAACUCAGGCGCCAGGCCCAACCCCAGGGUCUACUCCAGCCUCCUGGACAGUGGCUGCCAGGGAGGCGAGCAUGCGGCCUGCUUCACGGAGCUGCGCAGAAACUUCGUGAACACUCGGCCCAGCAAGCUGAAGAACUUGAUCUUGCUGGUGAAGCACUGGUACCGAGAGGUGCGGCCCCAGGGAGUCAAGAGGGAGCAGUUGCCGCCCGCCUAUGCCCUGGAGCUGCUGACCAUCUUUGCCUGGGAGCAGGGCUGCAGGCAGCCAGCCUUCAGCCUGGCCCAGGGAUUCCGCACAGUCCUGGGCCUGAUCCAACAGCACCAGCACCUGUGUGUCCUCUGGACCCUCCACUAUGGCUUGGGGGACCCUGCCCUCAGCCAGUUCCUGCAGCGCCAGCUUCAGAGGCCCAGGCCUGUGAUCCUGGACCCAGCAGACCCCACUUGGGAUGUGGGUGACGGGGCAGCAUGGUGCUGGGAUGCACUGGCCCGGGAAGCUGAGUCCUGCUUCGACCAGCCCUGCUUCCUGCAGGCUUCCGGCGGCUUUGUGCAGCCAUGGGACGGGCCGGGCCUUCCAAGGGCCGGGUGUCCGGGUUUGGAGCACCCUAUCCAGUGGGGCCAGGACCCAGGGAGCCGCGAGAACACCAGGAGCGGCCACACUGCAGGACGCUGCGCAUCAGGCAAGCAAACUCCCCGCCCAGCACCCACCUCCAAGCUGGCCACCAAGGUCUCCCACUCCACGCCAGUGAGGAGCUCAGAUCUGGGGCAGGUCCCAGCCAAGGAGCUGGACCGCUUCGUCCAGGACCAUCUGAGGCCGAGCUCCCACUUGCAGAAGCUGGUGGGCCAGGCUUUAGAUGCCAUCUUGCGCCACCUCCGCCAACACAGUGUCCACAGGAUUUCGAGAGCCUGCAAGGGUGGCUCCUUCGGCCGGGGCACAGAUCUCCGGGACAGCAGUGAUGCGGAGCUCGUCGUGUUUCUCAACUGUUUCAAGGACUACAAGGACCAGCAGGCUCUCAGUACCAAGAUCCUUGAAGAGAUGCGGACUCAGCUGGAAUCCAUGGGGCUCCCCGUCCCGGGCCUGAGCCUUCAGUUUCUUGAGCAGCAGAAAGAACCUGGGGCUUUGAAAUUCCAGCUUGUGCCGGAGGGCCCAGGGGUCAGCGUGGCUGUCAGCCUGUUGCCUGUCUUUGAUGCCGUGGGGCCACUCAGCUCAGGCAGCAAGCCCGACCCCCGGGUCUACUCCAACCUCUUGGACAGUGGCUGCCAGGGAGGCGAGCACAAGGCCUGCUUCGCAGAGCUGCACAGAAACUUCGUGAACACUCGGCCCAGCAAGCUGAAGAACUUGAUCUUGCUGGUGAAACACUGGUACCUUCAGGUCGCAGCUGGGACCAAAGGACAGUCCUCGGGUGCCUCUCUACCCCCCGCUUAUGCCCUGGAGCUCCUGACCAUCUUCGCCUGGGAGCGGGGCUGCGGAGAAGACGGCUUUCUCCUGGCCUGCGGCCUCCGCACCGUCCUGGAGCUCGUGCUUCAGCACCCACGGCUGUGCGUGUACUGGACGGUCAACUACAGCACCCAGGAUCCAGCUCUGAGGACGCACCUGCUUGGGCAGCUCAGCAAGCCCAGGCCUCUGAUUCUGGACCCUGCAGAUCCCUCCUGGAAUGUAGCCCAGGGAGACUGGGAGCCAUUGGCAAGGGAAGCGGCGGCCCUGAGGGAGCGGACCUGUCUGAUGAACCCGGAAGGGACACCCGUGACCCCCUGGGAUGUGAUGCCGGCCCUCUUGUGCCAAACACCAGCAAGAGACCUGGACAAGUUCAUCAGCGACUUUCUCCAGCCUGACCGCCACUUCCUGGCCCAGGUGAACAAAGCCGUGGGGAUCAUCUGUACUUUCCUGAGGGAAAACUGCUUCCGGGGUUCUCCCACCAAGGUGCUCAAAGUGGUCAAGGGUGGCUCUUCAGCCAAAGGCACGGCGCUGCGAGGCCGCUCGGACGCCGACCUGGUGGUGUUCCUCAGCCGCUUCCAGCGGUUCUCGGACCAGGGCACCCUGCGGGCCGAGGUCAUCUCGGAGAUCCAUGCCCAGCUCCAGGCCUGCCAGAAGACGCAGCAGUUUGAGGUGGCCUUCGAGAUCCCCAAGUGGGACAACCCCCGCGUGCUCAGCUUCUCGCUGACAUCCCGGACACUGCUGGACCACAGCGUGGACUUCGACGUCCUGCCGGCCUUCGACGCGCUGGGCCAGUGGGUUCGGGGCUCCAGGCCCAGCCCGAAGGUCUACACCGACCUCAUCCAGAGCUACACCAAUGCCGGCGAGUUCUCCAGCUGUUUCACAGAACUGCAGCGAGACUUCAUCGAACCUCGACCCACCAAGCUCAAGAGUCUGAUUCGCUUGGUGAAGCACUGGUACCAGCAGUGCAGCAAGAUGCCCAAAGGGCGAGGCUCCCUGCCCCCGCAGCACGGCCUGGAGCUCCUGACGGUGUACGCAUGGGAGCAAGGCAGCAAUGACCCGCAAUUCAACAUGGCUGAGGGUUUCUGCACCGUCCUAGAGCUGAUCACCCAGUACCCCCAGCUCUGCAUCUACUGGACCACCAACUACGAUGCCAGGGACCCCACCAUCGGCACCUUUCUGAAGCAGCAGCUGCAGAAACCCAGGCCUAUCAUCCUGGAUCCGGCUGACCCGACAGGAAACCUAGGCCAGAAUGCCCGCUGGGACCUGCUGGCCAAAGAGGCCAAGACCUACAUGAGUGCCCUCUGCUGCCUGGGCAAGGACGGCACACCCAUCAAGCCCUGGCCCGUGCCACGUCUCACUGCCCAUCAACCUUCGAGCUCCCUUUUGCUGAAACUGACCCCUGACAUCACACUGGCCUCGCCUUCCUUUAUCAAAGAACUGCUGAUGAACGUUAAAAAGCAGGACAGUGCACCCCACACUGCAAACAAGAGACCCAAACUCGCCCUCACGAGAGUUUCCCGGAGCUGCCACCAGAUGUCAACAGGGUCUGCGGUGCUGUGA